UUUUUCAGGGAAAAAACAAAGGGUUUUUGAUGGAAUAAACGAUGUGGAAGACUGCUUGGGAUAUUCUUUAAAUCAGGCAAAACAGCUUAAAAACAAUCACAUCCUUAAUCUCUUUUGAGACAUCUACCAAACCCAAAAUUUAACGUAGUCUUAACUUCAAAGCUAAGCACUUUCACAACGUCCUCAUAAUUUGUUCAAUAGCCAUCAUGACUGACCGCUCUCACUGCCCAACAAAACCUUCAGUACCAAUCUCAUAAAUGUUAAGAAAAGCAGGGCCUCGUUCAUUCAUCUCCCCUCCAUUCUUCUUCCACAACCAUGAUCCUUCUCUUCCUUCUUUUCCUUUUCUCUUCCCAUGUAAACACUGCAUUCUCAGCUCAUUGUAGCACCACCACCGCCACAAAAUCCUUUCAGAAAUGCAUGACACUUCCUACCCAACAAGCCUCAAUUGCUUGGACGUUCCAUCCCCACAAUGCCACAUUAGACCUUUGCUUCUUUGGCACUUUCAUAUCACCCUCCGGAUGGGUGGGAUGGGGCAUUAAUCCGACUUCCGCGGAAAUGACCGGUACACGUGCCCUUGUCGCGUUUCCGGAUCCUAACUCAGGUCAAUUAGUCCUGCUUCCUUACAUUUUAGACCCAACUGUUAAACUCCAGAAAACCCCACUCCUCUCUCGCCCCCUUGAUAUCCACUUACUUUCUUCAUCAGCUACCUUAUACGGUGGCAAAAUGGCUACUAUACAUAACGGUGCCGCAGUUCAAAUUUAUGCCACGGUAAAACUUGAAACAAACAAAACCAAGAUUCACCAUGUUUGGAACAGAGGACUAUAUGUCCAAGGCUACUCCCCAACCAUCCAUCCGACCACUUCUAAUGACCUUUCCUCCAUUGCUACAUUUGAUAUCUUCUCUGGCUCAGCAGCUACACAGCACAACAACAUUAAUAUACUCAAACUUGUUCAUGGAAUCAUUAACGCCAUCGCAUGGGGCUUAUUGCUUCCGAUGGGAGCUGUCACUGCACGCUACUUGCGCCACGUACAAGCGUUAGGGCCUACUUGGUUUUAUGUUCAUUCAGGGAUCCAAUUGUCCGCAUUUUCCCUUGGAACUGUGGGAUUUGCAAUUGGGAUCAGGCUAGGUGAAAUGUCACCGGGAAUCACGUAUGGACUCCACAGGAAGCUUGGAUUCGCGGCAUUUUGCUUGGGGGCUCUUCAAACACUUGCUCUACUGUUUAGGCCAAAGACUACACAUAAAUUCAGGAAGUACUGGAAAUCUUAUCACCAUUUUGUAGGGUAUGCUUGCGUGGUGCUUGGGGUUGUGAAUGUUUUCCAGGGCUUCGAAGUUAUGGGAGAAAGCAGGUCUUAUGCUAAGCUGGGCUACUGUUUGUGCCUAUCGACAUUGGUAGGUGUCUCAAUAGCUUUGGAAGUGAACUCUUGGGUCAUUUUCUGUAGAAAAUCUAAAGAAGAUAAGAUGAGGAGAGAAGGAUUGAUUUCAGGAUCAGAUAAAGGUAGUGGAAUCCACAGCGGAAUUCAUAGUUAAGUAAAUCACAGAAAAAGAAACGGAAAUGAGUGAGUAAAAUGGUUCUAAAAACUCCCCAUUUGGGUUUAAUUUUGUGAUGUCAAGUCCAAUGUUGUAAGGAAUUUGUGGAUGCUGCUUUGAAACCUAGGUUCUCAUUUGUUGUAUUUAUAGCCAAAUAUACAUAAUAAAAUAUGUUGCUUAGCAAAUGUUCAGAGCAACAAUUUUUA